GAGCUGCGGGGACGGGCCAGGCCGGGCCGGGCAGCCUCGUCCCGAGGGUCAGAGGGGGCUUGCAAAUGGUAUUUCUGCAAGACAUCAGCAGCCUAUGCUCUGUCAGGUGUGUCUCGGUUUAUUGCCUCACGUUACUCCAGUUUUACUUCCAGUUUCCACUUCAAAUAUUGAUGGUCUUGAAAGUGCACUUGGAACCCAGGCAUUUUCCAUCACAGAACAAAUCAAGAGCUCCUCUGCUAUCUCAGAGCAAUACAGACAGCUUAAUAUCAUAUGACCUCAUUUCUCCAAAUUAAAUGAAAGAAGAAUUUUCACUCACUUUCCAUGAAGCUCAGCUAUUGCCUGUUAAUUUUGACUGUUAGUGCUGGUCUUUCAGCUGGAUUCACAGUGGAAAAUGUAGCUUUUAACAGGACAGUUGCUUUUAGGUCUUUCAAUGCAUCACUUCAUGCAGUGUCUCAAGCUUUAAUAAGUUCUCCAGCACACCAUGAUAUCAUAGCCAAAGAGGGGAGCAGUAUUUUAAUUGAAUGUAAACUGAACAUCAGCCAGUAUGAACAUAUCCUUUGGUAUAACUCCAGAGGACACCUGCUUGAACAGAAAGAUGAAGAUGACCGGUGGAGGAUUGCUGAUCAUUCCCUCAACAUCACAAAGGUCAGCUUUGCCGACCGGGGCCGGUACACGUGUGCAGGCAUUAAUCAGAACGAGACCUUAUACUACACAGUCACCCUGAGGGUUAUCUUCACCUCAGGGGACAUGAGCAUCUACUACAUGAUCGUGUGCCUCGUUGCCUUUGCCAUCACGCUCAUUUUGAACAUCACCCGCCUGUGCAUGAUGAGCAGCCACCUCCGCAAGACGGAGAAGGCCAUCAACGAGUUCUUCCGCACGGAAGGGGCCGAGAAGCUGCAGAAAGCUUUCGAGAUAGCCAAGCGCAUCCCCAUCAUCACGUCCGCCAAAACGCUCGAGCUGGCCAAAGUCACUCAGUUUAAGACCAUGGAGUUUGCUCGCUACAUCGAAGAGCUCGCCAGGAGCAUUCCCCUCCCUCCUCUGAUCCUGAACUGCAGGGCCUUCAUGGAGGAGAUCUUCGAGGCCGUGCGGGUGGACGACCCCGACGAGGUGGGCAGGGAGGAGAAGCCGCCCCCGGGCUGCGGGGCGCCGGCCGCGCUGUUCCCCGGCAGCGCCCCCGUCAAGCGCAGCCAUUCCCCGGCCGGCGACUCGGACGACGGCUCCCUGAGCGAGCAGGGCCAGGAGAUCGCCGUGCAGGUGUCCAUCCACCCCCAGGGCCAGGGCCACGGCAUCGACACCGUGUCCCACGGCAGCUGCCACUCUGUGCCUGCUGAGGAGGGCACCUGCUGAGCCACAGCUCGGGCCGUCCAAGGGCUCUGUGAGAAAAGGGUCUGCAAACAAGCUGCCUCAUCCCAUGUGCACGAGAGUUUUCCAAAUUGCGAGGUGCCAGAAGUGGUUUGAAGUGUGUAUUUUCUGUCUGUGUUGAUUUAACAAUUGCAGUCUGCUCAAAAAGGCCGUUUAGAAUAUUGUGAGGGGGCUUUUCUUUUUCAAGCAGGUUUGCUGUAUUUAAAAUAGUUACAAAACAGGAAUUCUUUGUCCUUGGCUCCUUGGUAGCUUUUGAUACUUCAGAUCUGUGUGAGAAGUGACCAAGCUGAGCAGUACAACUUGCAAUAAGAACUUUUCCUUUGUGAGCUCCUUCUUUAUUCACAAAGUUGAGCUGAAAUUCCUUUGAGUCAGUGGUGUUGUCCUGAUGAAUUGAGUUCUGUGCUCUUUUUGAGUUGCCCCUUGGUGUGUGUAGCCCAUCAGAACCACGGUGAGCUUGAACAAAUCUGUUUCGUGUCACAUGCUUGUGUUGCUAUCAAAAUGUACUGUACUUAGAAAAGGAUAGUGCCAGGAUCUGCUGCUGGAUUAAAUGAAUUGUUGCAGUUUCAAAGCAGCUUAAAGAAACCAGGAGGUCUCGAGUUUUCUGUGCAUCUGCAGGAAAUUUGUGGGUAUUUUAAAAGCUUGUUGUUUAAACGUGGUGCUGAUUGCCAAAGCGCCUUACCCUGGUCCUGUCCCACAGAACGCAGCAGUGGCAGCACUUCUGGCACUGCCUGGCUUUUCAUGAUGCUGAUUUCACUCACUAUAGAAAAUCCAAAGUUUUAUAUUGUAUUUGAUGUUGUGGUGAGGAAAGGAUGACAGUAAUCACAUCGUGGCAAAACUGAGAAAUGAAUUCAUCAUCUACAGACAGGUGUCUCAGGCACAUCUUCCUGAACAGCAUUAAAAUAAAGCAGGUGAAAAGCAGUGACACUGAGUGGCUCUGCUCUGGCUGGUGCUGUCAGAAGGCAGUGGCAGAGGGAGUGGGAGCUGGCUGAGCUCUUUGCCAGCCACUCUUUGCAGGAGGGGAGUGACUCACUGGUAGGGCCCAGCCUGUGUGCUGCAGAGGUGGCAGAAGGGAGCUGCAGCUGCUGGCAUAUGUGCACAAGUCCUUCACCAGGGAUCUCCCACCUGGCUUCCUCAGCCUCCAGGAAUCAGAGUGAGGACAAGAAUCUACUUCCUUCUUCCACUCUUUGGUGCUGGUUUUUUUUUCUCCUUAACAUUUGUAUCACUUAAAUAGCAUUUUAUAUCCUGUUGAGAUUUAGUAGAUGUAAAGCUUGUAAGCACUCCACAUAUUAAUUUCUUACAACUACUGGAAGCAUAUUGCCAUAUAAUUUUAACAGCUUGGCAACAGGAGUGCCAUUUAAUUUCACACAACUCUUUUUUCUUUCCUUAUUAUUACAGAAAUGUCAGUUGAACAAGUGAUUCUGGAGGGCUGCUCAGGAUUCUUAAGAGGAUUUGACAUUACAUUUACAUGAGUAGAGGUGGAAAACAAGCAGGCACGGUGGUAAUAGCAGGGUGGGGCUGUCUGUGGUAAUGCAUGCUCAGAAAGAAGGGGCUGAAUGAAUUAUAGUUACCAUAUCAGAGACAGGGAAAUGACAGCAUCUCUUACCAUUUUAAACUCCCUUCUGGGGAAAUUCCUGCAGUCAGCCACCAGUUAAACCACCCUAGUUGCCUUUGGCCUGUCAGGUAAGAGUAAUGUUAGUCAGGAAGGAAAUUGCUAGCCUUUAUUACAGCAACAUUCCCACCAGCUUGGUGCCAUUUCCAAGACUGUAGCAAACUUUGUCUGUUUCAGGAGAAUAAACCUGAGUAGAUGCCUCAACAGUGACUUCUUUUUUUGCUUCCAUAGUUUGAUGGCACUUUAUGUCCAGGUGAAAAUUUUGUAUAGUUUUGUGUAACCUGUCUGGCUUCUUUUUUGAGGUUAUCAGUGUUAAAAGAUACUCUGUGGAUAAAUAUCUAUUUCUCUUAGAAGAAGAAAGCUGCUGGCUUCACUUCUGUGCUACAAUGGGUUCUGCAGGUUUGUUGCACAUGUGUGAGGGGAGAUUUGAGAGUUUACAACCCACUGGUUGAAAGAGGUGAAGGCUACAAGAGAAAAUUAUUUGCUUUAAUCUCCUUUGUGCCACAGGCCAUCAGAAUGUACCUGCACCUGCCUUAUUUCCUUAUAAACAGCUCUCCUUGCUUCUCUGGAACGUUUGCAUAAUGUGCAACAUAUGGAUGUGUUACCCCUAAACACACACACAGUGAGAGAUGCCACUACAAAAUCUAAACUGUUUAUUGCUUGCUAAGAAGCAGUUAUGAUUGACAGAUGUCACAUCAGAAGUGGCAGCAGAAUGACACUGGAGGUGUGUCAGAUGAGUGACAGGAGAGCUGUUUCAAGACUGAUUUGAUCUCUUUUUUGAUUUUUAUACUUUAUUUACACAGCUCCAAGUUCUGACUGAGCAGUCACCUGGUGUCUUCAUACAUCCUAUUGCUGGUUGAGAGGAAAGAGUGACCAUGCAUAAAGGUCCUCAGAAAUGCAGUUGCUGAGUCAAUUGCUGGAUAGCACAGCUGAGGGUUUUCCUGAAUUACUACAGUAUUUUGUUCCUUACAUGGAUUUCAUUCCUGGGAAGGAGGUUGUUUUAUAAGGAUUUCAGUAUAUCAGGAGCACCUUCUGAAUGGAGGAACCGAUCCUACUCCCACUGAAUUCAAUUAGAGAGGAUUUGGAGCUCUGUGCAUUUUACAGGAUUUUUAUGUAUCUGAAAGCAAGGAUGAAGGUGAUGUUAAAUGGUAAAAGUGAUAUCCAGAGAAUGAAAUUUGACACCAGUUUCCAAACACUUGUGAACUAUUCUUGUUACCCUGAGAGCAGAUGCGUGCACUUAAUGUCUUUGAUGAAUCUAAUUGAAAAUUAACAUGGAAAGUGUUUCUCUCUUAACUUUUUGUAGGAUGAGGAGAAUCUAUAGUGGUUUCCUUGCUUUAAACUAAAGUCUCUGACAAUCAGAAGGCUAUUCUAUCUCUGUGACUUAUUUUAAAAAAAUAUAAAAUCUACUUGUUAUCCAAGAGUACCUAAAACUAACUUUGUAGUGAUUAUUUGUAUUACCUGGAUUGUAAUGUAACUGUUUAAUGUAACCACAUAGGAUUUCAUACUUUCAUAAAAGGAAUUGGUAGAUUUGCAAAAUAAAUUGAAAAGAAAAACCUU